UCAAAUGGGCGGGGUUUUCUUUUCUUCAAGUUUGGAGAAGGAGUAAUGCGGUUUAACACACGUUACAGUUUUCUAAAGCACAAGACAAAAAUAGAGGAUUUUGAACACUAAUAGGUACAGGACAACACAUUUAAACAUGUUCAGUUGGUAAUACACAAAACGUGGUGGAGAACGACUGCACCCGGACAUUUUAUAAAUUUGAACUGCGAUCGAGGGAAAGCGCAAUGAAAGUGGACGGUACUACUAGAGAGAGAGCGGUAGUGUAGAAGCUUCAGUCUGUCUCCCCAAUCCAUGGUAUCCUAGUAACCAGCUUUUCCAGUUCACCGGAGACUCGAACAGGUGGCACUUAACGGCAGUGGCAGACUCUGCUAUAUUGUAAGAAAGCAAAACGAGAAACCAAGCUGGACUCCCAAGUGGAAUGGGAAACCAAGUGGAAAAACUGACCCACUUGAGUUACGCAGAAGUUCCAACCGCUGACCCCACAGGGGUUGACCUAGAUGACGGUCCUAGGAUAGGUGUUUCCUAUAUUUUUUCUAACGACGAUGAGGAUUUAGAGGAAGCUCUACCUGAAACGGGUCAAGAACAGUCGGGAGUAACGCCGCAGGAAGAAGGCGAUGUGGAGGGUAACGAGGUGGAGUGUGCAGUAUUUUACCGAGAAGAGUGUAUUUUUGAGAAAAACUGCAAAUCGAUGGACUUGAGCACAUACUCUCCGGAGAAUCUGCUUAACAAAUGUAAGCCCGGUGAUGUGGUGGAGUUCGUAAGCAGGGGUCAGUAUCCUCACUGGGCCGUUUAUGUUGGUGACUUUCAGGUGGUGCACCUGCACCGGGCGGAGAUCCGUAACGACUUCCUGACUGAUGCUAGCCGGUCUCGGAGGGGUAGAGUCGUCAAUGAUCUGUACAAGUUUAAACCUCUGAAUAAAGAAGUAGUGGUGCAAAAUGCCAUGGAGCAAGUGGGAGUAAAGGACCAGGAGUUGAACUGGAGGAACUCGGAGUGCUUUGCUGCCUGGUGUAGGUACGGCAGGCGGGAGUUUAAAAUUGGUGGGGAAAUUAGGAUUGGCAAACAGCCGUACAGAUUAAAACUACAGCUCUCUGAGAAAACUACACAUACACUGGAGUUCCAAAGCUUGGAGGAUUUAAUCAUGGAAAAGAGAAAGAACGAUCAGAUUGGUAGAACAGCUGUUAUCCAGGAACUUUCUAGCCAUCUAAAUUCUGAGGAUACAGUCCAGACUGAUCACAAUGAUAACUGAUGGAUUGAAACUGAAGGCUGCGAAAUUGAGCUGUUAUAAGCCCUUUGGGCCGCUGUGAUAGCAUUUACUCAAAUCACAUGUGAAAGGAAAGCUGAUUAUUCCUGCCUAGAGUUUAACCACUUCAUUGCUGUAAUGAUCUGAUUUCAGUCAUCAGUAGAGGCCUUGUAUUUAACACCAAAGCUGGUAGCAGUUUACAUAUAUAGUAUUUUCCUCCUUAAAUUUCUGCAUUUCAAAAUUUCGUAGAACUGGGUGUUUUUUGCAUUUAUCUUCACCUCAUAUCUUUGUUUCCAGUUCAGGAAAUGUAUUUUUGUUUAGAAGAAUUGUCAGAAUUUGCUUACUUAAGUUAUUUUUACUUCAAGAGCAUUCCCAUUUUGGUGUAAUCAAGGUUGUGAUCUUUAGGCACAGACCUCUAUGGUAACUAAGGAUUUUAGAAAUUUACUGGUUUUAAUUCAGUACAUGUAUGGGUGCAGUUUGUUGUACCACUUAUGGUGGUGAUCAUACAUUUUGAAACUUUUUAACCCCGGCCCUUUGUAUCUGCACAAAUUAUGCAUACAAAUUAUGGGAACUUUUUCAUACAAACACAUUAUCUAUCCAACCUCAGUUCUUUGUGCAAACUGUAUUAAGCUAUUUUUGUAUUACAUGGGAAAGUCAGAUCAUUUGGCGUAAGUCAUAUCUCUCGACUGUCCAUAACUUUGCCCUCCCUCACAGAAUGUGUGGUUUACUGGUAAAUCACUGAUAUAGGUUACUAAACAAUGACAUGUUGAGUUUUAGACUUCAGAUUCUUCAGAAAAUGCACAAUAACACAAAUCCAGUUAUUCAAUACACUUUCUAAGUUUUAUAAGAGUAAUAUUAAAAUCUGUUCCUAUUUUUUGUCCUUUUACCCACCAUUAUUUAAAGCUUUGUCCAGAUUUUUAGUGCUAAGAGGUUUAGCGGUAUGCUUAAGUUGUAUAUCAGUGGGUUAACAGGCUGCUAAGUGAAAAAGGUAAUUGUGGAAAUAAUUUGACACCAGUUAUGAUGCUGUAAUGUUUUGCUUUGCCUCUUUUUCCCAAUGUUGUACUGCUUUGCUGAGUAGAGCAAAGCAGUAUAACAAGUUGUCGGUAAAAGUGUACAAAUAUGUCCAUUCCGCAUUGGACAUGAGAGAUUCACUAUGCAUUUUUUAACAGCAUUGUAUGCUAUAAAAUGUGAUUUAAUGUUACACAACUAGAGAAGAAUAAUUCUACGAUAAAGUAUGUCAAAAUACCUCUUAAAACUUGCUCUGUAGGACAUAUGUGCAUACCUUGUAAAGAACAAAUUCUUGCUAAGAAUUUUACUUUCCUUUAUGUGGUUUCAUAUUUGUAAACUCUGUCCCAAAACAUUUUAAUAGGUUUAGGAAAACAUUUUGCAUACAUAUGUAUUACAUAAGGGAAUAUUUUGAACACUGUUUUGACAAGGUGGGAAGGCUUGCACACAGUGAAGUUGACAGUUUUUUAUUUUGGCAGCCUUUCUCAUUUUUAGACAACGUAGAAUAGGUUUCAUAAUACAAAACAAAAUAAUCUCCCCACACCAGAAGUCACAUGGAUCACCGUAAAGGGCUCUGUCACCAAGUCAGGUGUCUAGUCAGCAUUUUAAUUCUCUAUACCCCACACACUUUUAAAACUGUUUUCUGAUUUAGGUUUGUGCAUAUUUUUGUAGAUGUGAAUUUUCACUUGGAAUGGAAUUUGAAACACCACUGACUUCAUGAUUUCCCUGUGCUGUCCUUUUACAGAAAUUAGAAUUUCUGAUGACUGUGCUAAAAUCUCCUAAUACUUUGAAUGGAUAUUCAUGUUCACAGUGCAGUAUUUGAACAGGAUGUGAAGCAUAUGUAGCAUGCAGCCUGAAACUGUAAAUCUGGAUGUAAUAUCACAGUAUAUUGUGCAGUUUCGUAGUUAUGUGGCCUUGAUAUAUGUGAUCCAAAGUAGGUGUGUGUCUUAUAAUGUUUCAUAUCCUCCAAGUUUAGGACUGUUGAUGUGGCUUUUUUGGGCUUCACUAUCCCCAUAAACUAACUUUCAGCCAUAGUACACAGAAGAACUGCUGUGAAUACCUAACAUUUAAAGUAAUUGCACUUCUCAUGUGUGCUGUGUAAAGUUAUUGUAGCGUUAUCCUUCAGAUUCUUUGGCACAAAACAAGUCAUAGAAAUGUAAGCUAUGUUUUUAUUUGAUACUAGUAUUAAUCUCGGUUGUCAAAUUAUAUUUUGUGGGAACAUCUGAGAAAAUCCAUGAUUCUCUUUGCAAAGAGAUUAGACCACCAUGUUAUGUGUCUUAAACUGUGAACCUCACCCUGCCCUUCAGUUAUUGCUUGAUUUGAAACAGUGGUAGAGCUACAAAUGAUUGUCAAAUGAACUCAACUCUUUAAGCAGUUAGGCAAGUACCACACACUGUAUGUUGGUACUUUGCAUGUUUCUUGAGUACUCACAGUUACAGCUACAGGCUUUGAUAGUUGAAAAGAUUAAUCGAUUAGACAACCAUUUAUGUGGGGGGAGGGAUGUUUUACAGCCACUGUACAUUAUUUUUAGUUGAUUAAGUUGGUAUGACUUGCAUUUCAAAUGAUUGAGAUUAAAAUUUAGAUGUCAUUUGGACUGCUAGAAUAAGAUCAUGUCUUUGGAAGUGAAUCUAGCAGUUGAAUUAAUGUUGCUGGGAUGAAAUUACUUGACUGCAGCAAAUAAACAGUGUUUGUUUGAUAGUGA